AUGAUCGGCUUGAUUAAGCUGUUUCCCUUCAUUCUGUCGCUCUCGUAUCCGUCUGCUUUGUUCCUGUUAUAGGGAUACCUUUUGGAGAAGUAUGAGUGAUCCCGUGUGUUUAUAUUGUAGAUCGCCUAUGUAUCAUGUACUUAUUGGCUUGGAAAAGUCGAGACCGCACCUUCGACACUUAGCGACUGAAUUUGUAUACGAAACCAAAGUAUACACAAUUAGGCGUGCUUAUGUUGUGCUCAAGAUAGCACUACUUUGCUUUCAGUUGUCUACAUACGAAACUCACCCACUCAGCUUCUUCAAACCCACCAAUUGAUGUUCAACACUGGAUGAAAUGCUGAUCGGCUGUCUAAUCUCAUGGUUUAUAGUUGCAACGCCGGUGCUCGCCAGAUCUGGCCCACAGACUGUUUUCGCUCAUUUCAUCGUUGGAAAUGCCGCUGCUAUGACCCCCGAGCAGUGGGAGUCGGACAUUAGAGAGGCACAAGAAGCUCAUAUCGAUGGCUUUGCAAUGAACAUUGCUCCCCAGGACAGCUACACCGAUGAUGUCCUCGAGAAAGCGUACUCUGCAGCGGAGAGCGUCGGGAAUUUCUCCCUCUUCCUGUCUUUUGACUAUGGAUCCGGAGGCCCAUGGCCGGCCGAUCGGGUGAUCACAACGAUCAACACCUACCGGAAUCGAAGUGCCCAAUAUCACUAUCAGGGGAAGCCGCUAGUCUCGACAUUUAUAGGGGCUGGUAAUGCAGGCGACUGGCCGUACAUCAAAGGAUCUGCUGAUUGCUUCUUUAUGCCAUCCUGGCCCGAUAUGGGGCCGGCAAGACUCAGGGAUUACCUGGACAUCAUUGACGGCGUUUUCAGUUGGGAUGCCUGGCCGGUGGGGGCGCAGAACAAAAACGUGACGAGCGAUCGCGAAUGGAUGCAUGCCCUUUCUGGGAAGCCGUACAUGAUGCCUGUCUCUCCCUGGUUCUACACCAAUUUACCCCAGUGGAACAAGAAUUGGCUAUGGCGCGGGGACGAUUUGUGGCAUAUACGGUGGGAGCAAGUCAUGACCUUGCAGCCGGCCUUUGUUCAGAUUAUUAGUUGGAAUGAUUACGGGGAAUCCCACUAUAUAGGACCCAUCUACGAACCCGGGAUGCCUGACGGAUCUUCCAAGUACGUCUUGGAUUGCCCGCACGAUGCGUGGCGAGCUUUGCUGCCCCACUACAUCGCCGCCUAUCGAGGAUCCGGGAUGAAUAGUAUGUACCAGGCGAAUCAGACAUUACCUUUGGAGGAUAAGAUGGUUUACUGGUAUCGCUUGAAUCCGAGUUACGCUGGGAGCGCCAACGGCACGACGGGCAAUGAUCCUGGUGUGGGCCAGGAGGUGAUGCCACCGAAUGAACUUGCCCAGGACCGAGUAUUUGUCAGUGCUACUGUUAAAGAUGCCUGUGAGGUAUACGUCCAGAUCGGAUGUUGCGAACCUACAAUUCUUCAGGCGUCGGGUCCGGGAAUCCAUCACUUUUCGGUGCCGUUCAACGGGCAAACGGGGCCGGUGCGGAUAGUGAUGGUCCGGGAUGGCUAUGAGGUUGCAGUUGCCGUUGGACCAGCGAUCACGGAUGACUGCAAGGAUGGCAAUGUCAAUUGGAACGCGUAUGUGGGAACGAGCGACUAGGCCGAAACUAUGAGACUAGAUAGAUGGAGAUUGGAGAUAG